AUCUUGCUCAAUUCGUCAUAAGUUCCCACGAACCACGACCACAUUAAACCACCUCCCUUCGAGGCCGCCACCAUGCGCGGUGUAUCCCUCCUAGCCAGGAGAGUGCGUAUAGAUCAAUUGGGACGUCAUACGAGCUACAUUUGUCGCCAAUGUAGAGCUAUCCAGCUCAGUUCAUCCCCCACCACCGGGUCGCCUCGCCUUGGGGGAGACGCUUUCGGCACGUCUAUCGAUGUUUCCAAGGAUGUUGCGGAUGCCAGAUUUGAAGUAUUAGGGACACCGUAUUCCCUUCUCUCAGUGUCCUUGUCGGCUUCGCAAAGGUUAUACGCACGUCGCGGGACAUUAGUUGCAGUGACGGGCAAAGCGCACAACGCGCAAUCAAUCCUCACCUUACUCUCACCUUUCACGCGAGCCGUUACCGGUGUACCUUUCCUCUACCAACGCAUAUCCUCCACAACUCCGCUCACGGCAUUAAUAUCUACCAAGUCACCUACGACUACAUUUUCCGUAUUACAUCUCGAUGGGACAACGGAUUGGAUGGUGACGCAACGAUCAGCGCUCCUGGCGUGGACUGGACAUUCGCUAAACGUAACUCCCCGAAUUCAAACUCGACUCCCGAUCGCCUUCUGGGGUUCUUCCGAGCUGACGGGUCGGGGUCUUGCUGCGUUAUCAGCACCAGGACACAUAUACCAACUUAACUUGGUGGAGGGCGAGGAAAUUGUGCUUCACCCCUCAAACGUAGUAGCUUACACGAUAAACAAAAACCCGCCCACCCCCUUCCGAUUUAAGAGCUCGGGCAUUAGAUUCCAGGUACCUUCGCUUACGACAUGGCUGGGCGAGACCAAGUUCCUGAAGACGAUGCGGGGGACACAAACUUACAAGUUCCUCUCAAAAGUCCUGUUCAACCUCCGCACGACAGCGAGGCGCACUAUAUGGGGCGACAGGCUGUUUCUACAAUUCCGAGGCCCGACCACGAUACUCGUGUCCAGCAGGGGAGCCCGGCUUAGUGACGUGCUCACAAAUGCGGACGUUAAUGAGCUAGCCGAUGCUCCUCUGACCGAUGUAUCUGCUGCCGUAGAGAAGGUCACGAGGCCGAAACCUGAUGUCACACCGAAGACGGAGGAUGCGGCGGCUGUCAAGAUAAACGUGGCUAGUGUUGGGAAGGACGGAAAGGUGUCGUUUGCCGACGCCGAAAAUCUUAAAGGUUUUGAGAAAUCAUGAUAGACGUGUAGUUGUACUAUUACUAUAGACUCAACGAGUUAUUGUAUCAUACGGCUAGCUAUAACACAAUGACCCCCUAACGUAUUGGGGGCUUGCCCACAUACUUACCUAACCUUAGGUACCUUAGGUAUAUACUACCUAGUUUCCUAUUAGAAUAUAGGAAGCACUAUACGAAGAUUAGGUACCUAUUCUAUCGAAGCCGAGCACAACCCAGAACUAGGAGAAUAGGUAAUCAGAUCGGCAUUUGCUAACCACACUUACGACUACACGUCACAAAUACUCUUCAAACAGAGAGAAGCUCUUGUAUUAUCGGGUAUUUCCACCGGCCCACAUAUUAAAGUAAAGGAUUAUCGGCCGAUUCGUCUUUUUUCUUCUUCUUAUAUCCGUAGCGUCAUACUAUAUGCUAUGAGAUCUUGGAUGGCAGUGGGGAGCGAUAGGAGAUAGGCGGUACCUAAGCAUGAAAGAUCAGAUAAACUGUCCAGCUGUGUACCGUGUUGGCUGGCAUCCACCACUUACUCUGAUAUAUAUAUAUAUAUAAAAGAAAAAAGAAAU